AUGGAGGAGUUUCGGAAUGAUGCAUAUGAAAAUGCUCGUAUUUACAAGGAGAGGACAAAGAAAUAUCACGAUCAAAUGAUGUUAAAGCGAGAGUUUGUGCCAGGCCAGCAAGUUUUACUUUUCAAUUCUCAUUUGAGGUUAUUUCCCGGUAAGCUAAAGUCACGAUGGUCUGGUCCGUUUGUUACCACCAAGGUUUCUCCUUUUGGUUCUGUGGAAUUAAGAAAUAAUGACGGCUCACUUUUUCAAGUGAAUGGACGAAGGUUGAAAUAUUAUUUUGGUGAAAUUCAUAAGAAGGUAGCGACGAUGUAUCUCCAAGACAGUAACUGA